CCGGGGAGGGGAAGGACCGGCCCGUUUCCGGGUGGCGUGUGGGGCUGGAGAGUAGAGCGGUUCUCGCCACCGCCAGCAUGGAGAGUUUGUACCGAGUCCCGUUCUUGGUGCUGGAGUGCCCCAACCUGAAGCUGAAGAAGCCGCCCUGGGUGCACAUGCCCUCGGCCAUGACGGUGUACGCUCUGGUGGUGGUGUCUUACUUCCUCAUCACCGGAGGAAUAAUUUAUGAUGUUAUUGUUGAACCUCCAAGUGUUGGCUCUAUGACUGAUGAACACGGGCAUCAAAGACCAGUAGCCUUCUUGGCAUACAGAGUAAAUGGACAAUAUAUUAUGGAAGGACUUGCAUCCAGCUUCCUGUUUACAAUGGGAGGUUUAGGUUUCAUAAUCCUAGACCGAUCCAAUGCUCCAAAUAUUCCAAAACUCAACAGAUUUCUUCUUCUGUUCAUUGGAUUCGUCUGUGUCCUAUUGAGUUUUUUCAUGGCCAGAGUAUUCAUGAGAAUGAAACUGCCGGGCUAUCUGAUGGGUUAGCGUGCCUUUUGAGAAGAAAUCUGUGGAUACUGGAUUUGUUCCUGUUAAUAAAGGCGGAAAGGCGGUACCAAGCCUCUGCUAUGAAAUAUGGAAAAGAAUGAAAAGCAGCAGAAAAGAAGCAUCUAGUAGGAAACAUGGAAACAUAUUAAAGCUCGGACUAGAAUAUCUUCUUGGUAUCAAAGAGACUAGCUUAUACAGUGUUUUUUCCUGCUGACCUACACUGACAUACCCAUGUUAAGUGGCAUUUUCUUCUCGGUUUUUAAUUUAAGGAAAAUAUACUCCAUUUCUACACCUGUAAUAUUGAAUAGAGUAAUUAUUUUUUACAACCAUCUUAACAUUAUUUUGGAGAUGACAUUUCUGACUUUCAGAAAUGAAUGUAAAAUCAGGAAGCAAGAUCCCAUAAAGCUGGGAACUCUGGACAGCUGACCAGUUUUACCUGUGGUGCUUUGCCUUUAAACAGAGUGUGUGCUAGCACAUUAUUUCAGAUGUGUAUGUAAGACUGUUUGCUGAACAAUAAGGUGUAUGAAAGGAGCAGGAAUAAAGAAUUUUUCUAAUUAA